AUGGGGGAUGUACUAGGUGAAAAUAAUGAGAAUGAUGUAUGGGAUGAAAAAAGCGAUGAAAAUGAGGAAAAUGAUUUGGAGGAUGAUACUGUUAUGGAUUCUAGCGAAGAGGAAGAGGAUGAUGAUGAUGAUGAUGAAAGAAGAAAGGUUCAUGAGGGAUUUAUUGUUGAUGAUGAGGAAGAAACAGAUGAUGAUGUAGCAAAUAUAAGACGGCAUAAAAGACGAAAACGGUUAAAUGAUGUGGAUAGGGAUAUGGAUGGUGACGAACUUGAUGAAGAAGAUCUAGAUCUUGUUAUGGAAAAUACUGGAAUUGUAAUGGCACGAGAUAUACCAAAAUUCAAAAGGUUAAAACGAAGAAAAGAAAAAUCUGCUUCUAAGAAUUUGGAAGAUAUUUUUUCAGAUGAAGAGGAUCAGAGUAAUGCAGAAGAGAAAGCUUACGUUAAACAAGGAGUGUUUACUGAUGAAUUUGCUGAUUUCAUUGAGGAGGAUGAUCUUGAUAAUGAUAUUGAUAAUAGAAAAGAAAUUCGACAUGAAAAGUCAUUUCGUAUAGGGGCGUAUUCCGAAAGUGUUGGAAUAGAUAGUGAUGCGCAUGCUGAAGUUUUUGAAAUUUUUGGUGAUGGUGGAGAUUAUGCUUAUGCUCUUGAAAAUGAAGAUUCUGAGCAAUAUGAAAAAAAAGAUGUCUCUUUGCAUGAUGUUUUUGAGCAUAGUGAAAUUGUUGAACGUAUGCUUACAGAUAUGGAUGAGAUUAUUCGGAUUACUGAUGUUCCUGAACGGAUUCAGGUUUUACGGGCUCCGUAUUAUCAUUUGCAGCUUUCCGAUGAAGAUAUCUUAAAAGAGUAUGAUUGGGUUUCGAAUCGUCUACUCUUUGUGCGUUCCGAUAUAGACAAUAUUUUGUUGAAACCUUUUAAGAAAGCUGUAAAAAAUGUUAUUGAUUUUUACAAUCGUGAUUUUUUUGAACCAUCGUUUAUUUGGCAAAACAGAAAAGAUUAUUUACUUUUUUCUGAAAAAACUACUGAUGAAAGGAAAGCAAAUAAAGUUCAUACUCUAUUAAGGCAGAGUGAUUUGUGGAAAAUUCUUGAUCUUGAUCUUAAAUUUCGUGCAUUUAUUGAAAAACGGAAUUCUUUUUUUGAAACUUUUAAGAACUUAGAUCUCGAUGAUAAAUUGCUUAAAGAGUGUAUUGGUAAAGUUGAAUGUUUUGAAGAGAUUAUUGAUCUCUAUGAUUAUAUAUAUUUUCGAUAUUCUGAAAAUAUAAAAGACAUGAAUAUUUCACAAGGAUCUACUUUUAAGAGACCUUCGAAUAAAUAUUCUUUUUAUGCUAAAAUAAGGAAAGAUAAUUUUUAUAAUCUUGUCAGAGCUUUUGGGUUGCCUCCUGAACAUAUUGGAAAAAAUUUUUUGGAAAAUACUAAAAGAUAUUUUCCUGAAGAUCCUGACAAAUGGCCAGAAGUUCUGGCAGAAGAAUAUGUUAUGGGUUCUAAUUAUUUAUCUGUUUCUAAUGCUUUGGCUGUUGCAAGAAAAGUUGUUGUUGAUGAGUUAUUGAACGAUCCUCAAGUUAGAAAGUCCAUAAGGACUAUUUAUCUUAAAAAGUGUUAUAUUAAUGUUAAUCCUACUGAAAAGGGUAUUAGAAAAAUAGAUAAUGAUCACCCUUUUUAUUUUUUUAAAUAUGCUCGUCGUGUUUCUACUGAGAAUAUGUUUCAUGAUCCUGAUUUUUACCUUCAGAUGAUUAAUGCUGAAGAUCAAGAUUUAGUUACAGUGAGUAUUCAUUUAGAUGGAUAUGAUAAUAUAUUUUCUGAAAUGUUUGAAUUACUAAUCUCCGAUAAUGUUAGUGAAAUAGCAUCUGCUUGGAAUAAUCAGAGAAAAUUAAUAUUGAUUGAUUUGUUUGCUAGAAUUAAACCAAUUAUGGAGAAAACUAUUAAAGAAAAUUUAAAGAGUGAUUGUGAAGAUGUUCUUUCUUUUUUUUGUAGAAAAAAAUUUUUGGAUAAACUUGAUCGUACACCUUACAUUUUGAAGUCUUUGGAUAAAGGAGAAAUACCGCGUGUAUUAACAGUUUCUAAUGGAAGAGGGGAUCCUACAAAAGAUGAUACUUUAUGUGUAUUUGUUGAUGAAAAUGGAAAAGUAUUAGAGCAUAUUAGAAUUUCUGACAUAAAUGAAGAAAAUUCUAAAAAAGAGUUAUUUGAUUUUAUAGAACGUCGAAAUCCUGAUGUUAUUGGCAUAUCUGGGUUUAGCGUUUCUGUUGACUUUCUUCGAAGAUGUUUAAAAGAUAUAGUUGAUAAUAUUAAUGCAAAACAAAGUGAUAAUAAUGACCACAUAAGAGUUGUAUAUGUUAAUGAUGAUGUUGCUAGGCUUUAUCAAAAUAGUGAAAGAGCUUCAAAAGAAUUUCCUAAUUUGCCUUCAUUGGGUAAGUAUUGUGUUUCUCUUGCUAGAUAUAUGCAAAGUCCACUUAUGGAAUAUGCGGCAAUGGGGAAUGACAUUACAUCAAUAUCUUUCCAUCCAUGGCAGCAUCUUAUACCACGUGAUAAAUUACAAAGAGUUUUGGAAACAGCAAUUGUAGAUAUUGUAAAUUUAGUGGGUGUUAAUAUAAAUGAUGUUGUUAAGUCUUCUUAUAAAUCAAAUCUUUUGCCAUAUGUAUGUGGUUUAGGUCCCCGUAAAGCUCAGAGUCUGUGUAAGCGUAUUUCUCUUGUAGGCGGAUAUAUUUCAAAUCGUGCUGAACUCAUUACAAAAUCUAUUGUAACAAGGAAUAUUUUUAUUAAUUGCGCUAGUUUUUUGAAGAUACCUUAUGAUGAUAAUUCUACAUCUGAUUCUAGUGAGAUUUUGGAUAGUACAAGGGUACAUCCAGAAGAUUACGAAUUAGCCAGAAAAAUGGCAGCAGAUGCAUUAGAAUUAGAUGAAGAAGAUGUUGAGGAGUACGAUUCUAGUGGGGGGAUUGUGGCUCAUCUCAUGAAUGAUGAUCCUGAUAAACUUAGUGAUCUUAUAUUAGAAGAAUAUGCUGAGCAAUUGGAAAAGGUUUUUCAACAAUUAAAAAGAAAUACCCUUGAGACUAUCAGAGAUGAGCUUCAGAAUCCUUAUGAAGAACUUCGUAAAGACUAUAAAGAUAUUACAGAUCAGGAAAUUUUUACUAUGUUAACUGGAGAGACACCAGAAUCAUUGAAACCAGGGUCUGUUAUUCCUGUCACUGUUAAAAAAAUUAGUAAUAGGCAUGUUACUGUGAAAUUAAAUUGUGGAAUAGAUGGAAAUAUUGCUAGUUCUCAAAUAAGUGAUAAUUAUAAUGUUUUACCUUCUCAAGUUUUACAAUAUGGACAGAUUGUUCAAGCAGUUGUCUUAAGUUUGAAUUUUCAAAAAUUUACUGCAGAGCUAUCAACAAAGGCAUCUUCUAUUAAAGAAGCAUAUAAAAACCAAAAAGAUAGUUUUUUAAAUAGAAAAAUUGAAUGGGACAGUAUUGCUGAAGAAAAAGAUAAGUCUAAAAUUGCAUUAAAGAAGGAAGCAGAACAACGAAUAACUAGAGUUAUCAAACAUCCACUUUUUAGACCAUUUAAUGCUCGACAGGCUGAAGAUUAUUUGGCUGGUAUGCAACGUGGUGAUGUAGUAAUUCGGCCAUCAUCAAGUGGACCUGAUCAUAUUGCUAUAACAUGGAAAAUUUCUGAAGGGAUUUAUCAGCAUAUUGAUGUUCUUGAAUUAGACAAAGAAAACGAAUUUUCUGUUGGUCGUCAACUACGUGUACGAGGAAAAGAGCAGAAUUAUUCUUAUAGUGAUUUGGACGAACUUAUAGUUUCACAUAUUAAAUCAAUUGCUCGAAAAGUCGAUGAAAUGACUACAAAUGAAAAAUUUCAAAAAGGUACUAGAGCUGAAACAGAACAAUGGCUCAAUAGGUAUUCAGAAGCCAAUCCAAGAAGGUCUUGUUAUGCAUUUUGUUUUAAUCCUAAAUAUCCCGGGUUUUUUGAUCUUUGUUUUAAGGCUAAUUUGAAAUCUAAAGUUGUUAGUUGGUCAGUGAAAGUUGUUCCUAAUGCAUUUUCUUUGAAAGGAAAUCUUUAUGGUGAUAUGAAUACUUUAUGUAAUGGUUUUAAAAUGAUGUUUGCUGCUCAAACAAAUAAUAGAUCUAUUACAAAUAGUCGUAGAUUAAACAUUUAG